AUGUCCAAGACUGUCACUAGAUCUCCUGCUUUUGAUGCUGCAUUGCACGUUAUUAAGGGAGCGGUUUGCACGGUUCUCCGUAUACCCACUGGCCGGACUACUGACAGGGUAUCCCCUCACGAGGGUGGCGGUAAACUCACUCUGAACGCUAUCAAGGAUGAGCCCACAGAGGAGCAGAAGGAGUUGAUAGUCACCAACGUUCAUAACAAAGUGGAGGAGAACGCACCUUUCAAGGUUUUCACUGGAGUCCCUCGUGACCUCGCCGAGAAAAAGUACUUUGAUACCAUGUACGAUAGUUUCAAGGUCCCCGACUCCGUGAAGGAGCUUCGGUUAGUGUAUUUAGAACAGUGGAACCUCAACUGCAAUGUGCAUCCUAUUGUAAAAUCUACUGGCCUUUUGGGCGAUAUAAACCUUACCAAAUGGAAGUAUUCUGCCAAGAAAUCUACUCUCGAGAUCUCCUUCACAGUGGAUCCCCCUUGUGACGUUUUUGAGAUGGCAGAGGAGGACAGUAACGUUGAAGAUCUCCCUCCCCUUGAUAUCGCUGUACCAUACGUUCCUGAUGAGCAACUCAGCCAAGAUGGAGUCCUUGGUGUGUCGGAGGGUCAGAAGGUUACCCCUUGGGAGGUGGAAGGCAGCGAUGAGGGUAUCGAUUACGAUAAGCUCAUCCGCGACUUCGGCUGCUCACCCAUCGAUCAGAAGCUGAUUGACAGGAUGGAGAAGCUCACUGGGAAGAAGGCACAUCGCUUCCUCCGAAGGGGACUCUUCUUCUCUCAUCGUGACUUGGGCAUUUUACUCGACAAGUACGAGAGAGGUAUUCCUUUCUACCUGUACACUGGUCGGGGUCCUUCCUCUGAGUCCCUUCAUCUUGGACAUUUGGUCCCUUUCCAAUUUACGAAGUGGUUGCAGGAUACCUUCGACGUCCCUCUGGUUAUCCAACUGACUGAUGAUGAGAAGUUCUUCUUCAAGGAUUACUUGUCACUGGAGGAGGCUCAUCGACUAGCAUACGAGAACGCUAAGGACAUCAUCGCGUGUGGCUUCGAUAUGGACAAGACCUUCAUUUUCUCUGACUUGGACUAUAUGGGGACUAUGUAUCCUAAUGUAUGUAAGAUUCAGAAGCUGGUCACGUACAACCAGGCACGUGGGGCAUUCGGUUUUACGGGUUCUGAUAGCGUUGCUAAGUCUAGUUUCUGUGCUAUUCAAGCUAGCCCUUCAUUCUCUACUACCUUCCCCUCGAUCUUCGGUGACCGUAAGGAUAUUAUGUGCCUUAUCCCCCAGGCCAUCGAUCAGGACCCCUACUUUCGGGUUACUAGGGACGUGGCACCUCGAAUGGGUAUGCUCAAACCGGCUCUCAUUCACUCCAAGUUCUUCCCUGCUCUGCAAGGCCAUAAGACAAAGAUGAGUGGUAGCGUCGGUAACACUACUAUCAUGGUCACUGAUAGCCCGAAGGAGAUUAAGAGCAAAAUAAUGAAGUACUGCUUCUCUGGGGGACAGGACUCGGCUGAGGAGCAGAGGAAGUAUGGUGCUAAUCUGGAGGUCGAUGUGGCCUAUGAGUAUCUUCGAUACAUCAUGGAGGAUGAUGAGAAGUUCGAGCAGAUCGGGGAGGAAUAUUCCUCCGGAAAACUCCUUACGGGAGAGGUGAAGAACAUUCUGGUAGAGGAAUUGGUGAAAUUGACGAAGGCUCAUCAAGAGGCCAGGGCUAAGGUGACUGACGAGAUAGUGAAGGAGUUCAUGAAUCCUAACCGGCCUUCUCUAGCCAAAUUCAAGUCUAUUGGCAAGGAUCGUAAGAUAAGCCAUAGCAACUAA